AUGGAUCGAGUAGACCAGAUGUUGCUUCUCAUGCAACAACAGCAGCAGAUGAUGGUCACUAAUAUGCAGCAACAGCAGCAGAUGAUGGCCACUAUGAUGGGGGCCAUGGCCCAGAACAUGGGUGUGCCGCAACCGACGCCACCCGGUCUAACCGCACCCGCAAACAACGUGAGUAACUUGUUUGAGCGGUUCCAGCGGUACAGACCGCCUACGUUCGCAGGCACCCACCGCCCCGAGGAAGCGGAGUACUGGCUCAAUCGGGUCACCAAACUACUUAGGCCUCUCCAUUGUACCGAGGCAGAGAGCGUUGAGCUUCUUUCCUACCUCUUCGAGAAGGAGGCAGACUUGUGGUGGGAAAGCGUUCUCCGCUCCAUCCCUGAGGGCCACGUAUGGACGUGGGAGGAGUUCGAGGCCCACUUCAAUGGAAAGUAUCUCCCUCAAAAGUAUCAACAUGAGAGGGAGAAUGAAUUUCUCCGCCUUCAGCAAGGGGAGAUGAGCGUGGCCCAAUACGAGAACCGCUUUACAGAACUCUCCCGCUAUAUUUUCGAAAUAAUUGCAAACGAAGCAAUCAAGAUGAGACGGUUCACGGCAGGGCUGAGGAGCGGUAUUCGCUCCAAGAUAUAUUGCGUCAACAUCAGGACAUACGCCAAGCUUGUCGAGAUGUCCAUCAGGGCGGACAGGAUGAGGAGCGGGUCGCCCGAAACCGUUUACAGUUAG